AUGAAUUAUCAAAUUUACAAGCUUUUGCGUGCAAUACGUCAACGUUCAUUUAAAAGACCAAGUUUGGAAACGAGCAUUCGCUCAUUAAGUACCACUACAACUAUACAACCCGAACCACGGUAUUACGGCCAACCGACGGCGGAUACUCAUCCACAUUUAAUGAAGCCCGGUGAAAGGUUUCUUCUUAAAUUGAAAGUAACACCCGGGAUAUCAGCCAUCGAGUAUGAGUUAAGAAGAACAAGGUUAAUGAAAAAGCUUCCGGAAAAUAGCGUUGCCAUAUCGUUGGGAUAUCGAACAAGAUACAUGUCAAACAAAGUAUUUUAUCCAUUCCAUCAGAACACAGACUUCUUUUAUUUAUGUGGUUUUAAUGAACCAGACGCGGCUAUGGUCUUAGAAAAGAAUAAUAGUCAAAGGGGUUAUAAAAUGACAAUGUUUGUACCGCCAAAAAAUCGAAGUAUAGAAAUCUGGGAUGGUCCUAGAACAGGUCUGUUAGGUGCCGUAUAUAUAUUUGGUGCAGACGAGGCUAUGGAAUCGUCUAGAUUUAAUUCAAAAAUAAAAGAAAUCGCAAAGAAUUACAAAGACGUGUACAUUGACCUCCCUCCACGAACAAAUAUUCUUUCAAGUGAUAGUAUUUCGAAAAGUAUUAGCCGAACUCACGUAAAACCAUUGAGUCGUAUAGUUCAAGAAUUGAGAAUUGUUAAGAGCGAUGCUGAAAUUGCAUUAAUGAAGAAAGCUGGACAGAUAACCGGCAAAGCAUUCAUAGAGGCAAUGAAGUUUACAAAGCCUGGUUUGUCUGAACAUGACUUAUCCGCAAAAAUAGAGUUUGAAUGUCGGAUUCGUGGAGCGCAGUACCUUGCAUAUGUACCGGUAGUUGCUGGAGGUAUUAAUGCCUUAACGAUGCAUUAUGUAAGAAAUGAUAUGCCAUUGCGUAACGGUGAUUUGGUAUUAAUGGACGCGGGUGGAGAAUAUCAUGGAUAUGCUAGUGAUGUUACGCGAACUUGGCCAAUAAAUGGUAAAUUUUCGCCACCUCAACGCGAACUUUAUGAGGCCGUGCUGAAUGUCAAUAGAAAAUGUAUAAAGCUUUGCACCGAAAAGCAAACCAUUUCAUUAAAUGGUGUACACGAACAAUCUGUUCAAUUCAUGAAAGAGGAAUUAUCAAAUCUUGGAUUCCAUCUUGUAGAAGGGGACGUGGAUCGAGUGUUAUAUCCUCACCAUGUCGGACAUUAUCUUGGAUUAGAUGUUCACGAUACGCAUGACUUGGAUCGUUCACGAACAUUAAAAAAUGGAAUGGUGUUAACUAUAGAACCUGGAAUUUAUAUUCCCCCUAAUAAUGCUUACCCAAAGCAAUAUCAUAGUAUGGGAGUUCGUAUAGAGGAUGAUGUGUUAGUUGGUGAAACAGAUCCAUAUGUAUUAAGCUCAACAGCGCCAAAAGAAAUUGAUGAUAUUGAAUAUUGUAUGGAAAACUAA